CGCCGCAACAACAUUCAACCCAUUAAACCCUCGCCAUUUUCUUUGCCUUUCCGAAACCUUUGCAACGGGAAAAAUGGCAAAGCGUAAAUUGGCCGCUUUGGAGAAGGUCGAGGCAGAUUUGCCCAACCUUCAGCAAAAGAUUCGCCGAGAUUCCAAAUCAUAUAUAGAAGAUUUUCGGGCGCAAUACUAUCAAUAUGAGAGUCAUCGGGAAAUUUUCAUGGCAGCGCCGACAUCCACAGAAGCCGGGAUUAUAUCUUUGCAUGACCUUAUAGACUUUAUUGCGCAUGUCGCAGACUGCUAUCCGGACAUUACAAAAGAUUUCCCACAGCAAUUGAUGGAUAUGCUCAUGCAGUAUCAUGUCGAUCUUACUCCAGACCUUCGCGAAAAAAUCGUGGGAAGCUUGGUGCUUUUGAGGAAAAAGGAAAUCAUAGACUCCGUUGCACUUCUUCAUACUUUGUUCCCGAUUCUCGUGUCUACUCCGAGCAAAACGCUACGCGAACUGUUAUUCCAAAAAAUCCUGUCAGAUUUGCGGACCUCGAAUGCGAAAUUGACGAACCACAAGUUGAACAAGGCCAUGCAAACCGUCUUAUUCAAUUUGGUAACGUCGGACCGUGAAUCUUCAAAGGCCUUGUGGGCCAUCAAAAUCACUAGGGAACUAUGGAAACGACAGAUCUGGACCGACGCAAAGACAGUGGAAAUCAUGAAAGAGGCAUGCCUAGCCAAUAACGAAAAGGUCACAGUCGGAGGUGUGAGGUUCUUUCUUGGUGGUGAUAAAGAGAGAGAAGAGAUGGAAGACGAGAGCAGUGAUGAUGACGGUAUUGAUGUUGCCAAAAUCAAACAUCAAGCAGGAAUCAACAAAAAGACGAAAAAGAAAUCACGUCAGGUUGAGAAGGCCGUUGCGACGGUCAAAAGGAAAGAAAGGAAGAAGAAGCAGCCUCACCCACUGAACUUUUCAGCUUUGCAUCUACUACACGACUCCCAGGGAUUCGCUGAAAACUUAUUCUCAAAACACUUGCAGAAUACCAGAUCGAAAUUGAAUCUGGAGCAAAAGCUUCUAGUGCUACAGCUUGUUUCUCGUCUGAUUGGCUUGCACAAGCUUACACUGGUUCACUUUUACUCCUACUUUCAGAAAUAUCUCACUCCCCGACAACCUUCAGUCACAUCUUUUCUAGCAUCCCUUGCGCAAGCGACGCAUAACCUUGUGCCUCCAGAUGUGCUUGAGCCGUUAGUUCAAAAGAUUGCAAACGAGUUUGUCUCUGAGGCUUCCGCAGCCGAGGUGGCUUCAGCUGGUCUAAAUGCAAUUCGAGAGAUUUGUGUCAGGCAACCUUUAGCUAUGGACGAGACUUUGUUGCAAGACCUAGUUUUAUACAGGAAGAGCAAAGACAAAGGUGUCAUGAUGGCUGCGAAGGGUCUCUUGGGACUUUAUCGUGAUGUUGGUGCUGAUAUGUUGAAACGACGUGACCGAGGCAAAGACGCAUCCAUGGCAUUGAGGUCUGGAGAGAGGAAAGAGAUUCGUUUCGGCGAGGAAGCUUUGGGUGAGAUUGAGGGCCUAGAACUGUUGGAAAAAUGGAAAGAAGAAGAACGCAAAAGAAAAAGAGCCGAACAAGGCCUUCCAUCUGACGGUGAUGAUGAUGACGAUGUGGAAGAAGACGAGGCAGCUGGCUGGGCUAACUGGGAUGUGGAGGAUGACGACAGCGAUGAUUCAGGGGGAUGGAUCGAUGUUGAAAGCGACGCAGAAAUUGAACUGAGUGAUUCGGAUGAGGAUAAACCGCGUACUAAGAAAGCAAAGCAGGCCUCUAGCGAAAACGCCGAAGAGACGGCGGAGCAAGAAGAGACCAAGAAACCCAGUAAUUACGCAACGACUCGAAUUCUGACACCAGCCGAUUUGGCCAAGUUGGCUGAGCUACGCUCCAAUGCUGCGGUGAAUUCGCUGCUCCCCAGCUCCAAAUCAAAACGCAUGCAAGCUGCGCAGAAGAGUGCUGAUCGGCAUGCCGAUGACCCUCUAACAGCUGCAGAGAUUGAAGGUCUUGCUUUACUCUCUAAAGGGAAGCUUACCCGAGAAGAGAAGAUUGCACACGCAAAGGAAUCUAAGACUGAUCGCGAUGAGUUCAAGAGUAAAACCGCACGCAAGAAGGAAAGGAAAGUCGAAGAUAGAAAGAGUACGACAAACAAGGAGAAGGCUAGGAAGAAGAAUUUCCUCAUGACGCUGGGAAAAGCAAGGAGCAAGAAUAAGCGCAGUCUUGUUGAGACUAGAGCAGUGUUGAAAGCUCAUCAUGAUAGACAGAAGAGGGGCGGCCGGCGUGGAAACAGAGGAUAGAAUUAAAUUCAUGUACAUAGGACAGACUUGUGGUUCAUAUUCAUAGAAUGAAUUCUGGGACUGAUAUCUAC